CUCGCUUGUUUACAAGAGAGCUGUACCCUUUUGGACAAAGUUCCCUUUUGCGUCGUUGACAAUGCCAUUGUUUGUGCACAAAGACCCGUCGAGCCACUUCAAGUGACCGAAACAGUCCAAAUCCGUGUCAUAAAAUUCCCCCAAUUCCGACGGUUCAAGGCUCACUCUACCAAGCAUCUACCUCCUUGCAACUUUUACGCCUCAACUUACAUUCAACCAAAACCCCAUGAUGUGUCCACAAGGCUCGAUGAGUCAACCCGAUGAUUGUGCCAACCGAUCCGACACGAACCUAUUGACAAUCAAAGCUUCUCACGCUUCUGAAAACAGGACCAGGCUGGAUUUCCAGCAAGAGAUCAACACAGUGAGAACGAGGACGAGUCCAGCCCCGUUCCACGAUAGAAUCGACCACUCUUUGACAGGAACAUACUUCAACAGCCAACGAAACCACGCACACACGCAUGCUAGGCGCCGAAGCCAUCUUGGUGUUCCCUGCCCGGAGCACAAUCGCAUGUCCUCUUCCAGAAGGAAAUAUGGAAAUAAAUCUGGGAAUGUUCACUUGAAGGACAAGCCGUUUAAAUGCAAGAGGUGUGGUAAAGGGCUUAUGACGAAACAAAACUUGCAGAAUCAUUUCAAGGCGAUCCAUUUCUUGGAGUUCUUGCAAGAUACCAAGGCGAAAACUGCUGCCGCUAGUAAGCAAAUGCCACUUCCCGCUGCACCUCCCACUACUAAGCUUGAACGUGCUGCCAAAGAGCGUACCCCUUGA